AUGACAGCUACCCAACCACCAUCACCACCGCAGCCACCACAGCCGCCCUACCAGACAUCCCUCCUCACAGCCCAGCACUGCGUAGGGCAUGUGCACCUCAUCCUCGGCGCGAACCCGCUCGCGGCAGCGCGCGCCAACUCGUCCCUCGCGGCCGGCGCAAAGCCGAUCCUCAUCGCACCACCUCCAACAACAACAUCAUCACCCCCUUCAUCAUCAGCACAACAAGACCAAGAGCAGCAGCAGCAACCACCACCACCACCACCCCUCCACUACACUCUCACCUCCCUGAUCGCCUCCGGCGCCCUGACCCACCUGGCCCGCCCCUUCACCCCAGCCGACCUCUUCACGCUGGGCCGACCCGAAGUCGACGGCGUGGUCGACGCCGUCUUCGAAUCCCAAGGCCGCGCCGGCCUCGCCGCGCUGGCCGCCCUCUGCCGCCGCCACCGCAUCCCGCUCAACGUGGUCGACGCGCCCGCGCUGUGCUCCUUCAGCCUGCUGAGCGUGCACGCCGACGGCCCGCUGCAGAUCGGCGUCACCACCAACGGCCGCGGCUGCAAGCUCGCCGGCCGCAUCCGCCGCGAGGUGGCCGCCGGGUUGCCGCCGGGGCUGGGCGCGGCGGUGCAGCGGCUCGGGGAGGCGCGCAGGCGGAUUUUGAGCGCCGAUGCGGGAGGAGCAGGUGAGGCGGGGGAUGCGGUGGCGGAUGAGGGCGUCGAUGACUCGGUUGAUCAGCCUGCGGGGUUGAAUCGGUUGGUGCGCGAAGACGAUGCCGAGGCCGCGAGGACCCGCCGGAUGAGGUGGCUUGCCCAGGUGUGUGAGUACUGGCCGCUGAGGCGGCUGGCGGCCAUUACCGAUGAGGAUGUUGAGGCCGUGCUGCGGUCGUAUCGCGGCGGAGGGGCCGGGGAGGGGGAGAGUGGGUGGAAGCUGUCCCAGCCCGGUGGCGGCGGCGGUGGUGGACAGCAGCAGCAGCAGCAGCGCGGGCGCGUCAUCCUCGCCGGCAGCGGGCCGGGCCACCCGGACCUGCUCACGCGCGCGACCUACAAGGCGAUCCAGACGGCCGACCUGGUGCUGGCGGACAAGCUGGUGCCGGCGGGCGUGCUGGACCUGAUCCCGCGGCGCACGCCCGUCUCCAUCGCGCGCAAGUUCCCCGGCAACGCCGACCGCGCGCAGGAGGAGCUGCUCGAGCAGGCGCUCGACGGCGUGCGCGCCGGCAAGACGGUGCUGCGCCUCAAGCAGGGCGAUCCCUUCAUCUACGGCCGCGGCGGCGAGGAGGUCGCCUUCUUCCGCCAGCACGGGCUCGGCGACCGCGUCGUCGUGCUCCCUGGCAUCACCAGCAGCCUCAGCGCGCCGCUGUUCGCGGGCAUCCCGCCCACGCAGCGCGACGUCGCCGACCAGGUGCUCGUGUGCACCGGCACGGGCAAGAAGGGCCGGGCGCCGCAGCCACCUGAGUAUGUCGGCAGCCGGACGGCGGUGUUUCUGAUGGGGCUGCACCGGAUCGAGGGGUUGGUGGCGGAGCUGACGGCCUACACCGAGGAGGAGAAGGAGCAGCAGCAGCAGCAGCAGCAGGAGCAGGGGCGGGGCAGUGAGCUGGGGGGGAGCAACAGCGUCCCGGUUCCCGAACAGCAGCAAGACGGGAGGCGGAGGAGAACGCUCUGGCCGCUCGACACGCCGUGUGCGGUCAUCGAGCGGGCCAGCUGCCCGGACCAGCGCGUCAUUCGGACGACGCUGAGAUUCGUCGCCGAGGCCAUCGAGCAGGAGGGGAGCCGCCCGCCGGGCCUGCUUGUGGUGGGCCACGCCUGCGAGGCGCUGUACACGCCGGAAAAGGGCCGCUCAUGGGUUGUCGAGGACGGGUUCAAAGGGUUAGACCUGGAUCUAGCAACGGGGUUUGCGUCUGCUGGGUUUGGGGUUGCGGGCGUGGCUUAG